AUGAUAUGGGCAAACAAAAUGCUGAACAUUGUUUUGUCUGUUUUGACGAUAAAUAACGCAAAGGCUGGCGGAAUAGUGAGUCGCACUUUCAACACUGUGAGUGCCGUUCAAGAUUUUGGCUAUUGCGGCCUCUGAUUUGCUGAAAUAGCGUAUGUUGUGUGGACUAUGAUUAUGAUGUGGACUAUGACUGGAAAACGCCAUUCGACGUCUGGGCGCUGAAAGGACGUAAGAGACCCCUGCCCUGUGAAAGAGCCAAGGUUAGUAGUUUUGUCAGUUUUUCACGCGCUCUCGGCAUUGUUACUUGUAUUACAAUUUUAAUGCCAAAUAACUGCCUUUAUAGUCGCAAUUUGGUAAAACUGCACAAACACGGCACUGAUCGAAACGAAGACUAAUUACUGUCUGCAAUGAGCUGAGUUUACUGAAAUCGUGGCGAGCAGUAGCGUGAAAAGAAAUUAAAAUAUUCAACUGAGAUAUCGGAAGUGAAGCUUAACUUACACUGGCGGCUGACUUCGUGAGCUUGAACAAACCACAGAAAAACUCCUGUAAUUUGCUGAGAAAUGUUCGUAAAACUCCAUUAAUUAAAUAAUGUGGUGUAGAACUUCGAAUAUACAAGUGUCUUAAGUUCCGCUUAACUAUAAUGACAGACUUGACAGCUAAACAAAGAAGAAUUUACAACAGAAAGCGAUCUUUUUAUAGAAUUGCGAAGUACGCAAUGAAAGAUAAUGAUAUCCGGUGUUGAGAAACGUGUGUCGAUAUUGCUAAAAGGAAUGCUAUGUACACGAACGUGACAGUAGAUAACGCACGUACUGUCAUUGUUACCUUAGCCUGCGCUGCAAGCGUUUCAGCGCGAGUUCGUCGAGAAAGUUGAGACGAGAGCUAAAAAUAAAAGGGAAUGACGGCAUCUUUUUUGCUCCCGCUCUAACUUUCGCGCUAUAAGUCGACUGGCAACGCCUGCUACGCAGGCUAUUCUAAGAGGUCUCUAGUGCUCUAGAAGACCUAGAACAAAGCGGCCUUCUUUUGUUUCCCGUAAACAAAGGAAAUUGUCAUAGGUGACCAUCAGCAUUUUUAAAAGUUGCGUCAGCAGUUUGUAAUUAUAUCCAGUAUAUUCUUCAAAAGGGUACUAGGAAAACCAAAACACAGUUCUAUAAACUUAACAACAGUCACAUUUGUUGUAUUUAAAAGUAUUUACUUAUUUCAUGCACAGGCAGUGGACAUCAAGGAAAAGCGGAUGAUGUAUUUCGACCCAAUGUUCACAUCCGAUCAGGAUCGUUUAGAGUCUAACGACAUUAAAAGCUCCCUUAUGUCAAGCUUAAUGCACCGGCAUAUGUGA